AUGUGGAUUAUCUCAUUCUGGGUGUUCCCCCUCAUCGCGGGAUGCGUGUGGAUAGCUACGCUGGUCGCCAUGCUUGGAGCUUGGGCGGCUGAUGGGAAGCCACAUUAUACGACCAUGAGCCAUGGACAGACCAUCCCGUACAUUUCGCAUAUCGGCGCCGAAGGUGUCAAACCGCUCUUUAUCGCUGGCAGUGCGGUCACAGUCGUUUUCAUGGACCUCUCUCUCUUAGCGGAGCGUUGGCUUCGACACUCCGGUCAAUUGCUCAAGAACAAAGGCCGGUUCGACAAAGCCUGUGCCAUUGGAUCCAUUGUCUUCUCCAUCACCGGAGCUCUGGGGUUGAUCCUCCUGUCUAUCUUUGACGCAAAGCGUCACCAACACCAACAUUAUGGCUUCCUUGUCAUGUUCAUUGUGAGCUACGUGAUCUGCGCCGUUCUCGUUUGUCUAGAAUACAUUUACAUCGGUCGAUACUACGCCCCACAAGCUCGGAUCUUGCUCGUCAGUUUUGGGAUCAAGGCGCUCUUUGUGGUCGGUGAAAUUGGCGUUGCCAUUGGAUUCGGUGUGUGUAUGGGAGCCAAAACGAAGAACAGGAAGAAUGUCGCCGCUGUUCUGGAGUGGGUUGCGGCCCUCAUCUUUGCAUUCUUUGUCUUUUCAUUUGUGGUUGAUCUAUUACCGUCGGUGCGGACGAAGAAGCGUGUUCCUCAGGGCGAGAAGUACACUCGACCGACUGAUGGCCCUGUCCCAGUCGACUUCUAA